UUACAUGUCUGUUGCAGCACUAUGGCUAAUAUAAAGACAGAAGAUGAAAUAAUGCUCUUUGAAAGAGAAAUGAAAGAGUUUUGGACCAAAUUAAAGGCCGUUUAUGGCACUGAACAGAUCAAUCAGACUUUAGCACUGAGAGAUUCAUGCAAGGAGUCCAUAAAAGCGCUUUCAGAGAAAUGGUCCAAGAAGUUAAAAGAAGGGGACCUGAUGAUUGAUAAAAUUCAGGAGUAUAGCAGUGAGAUUCUCCAGCAGAGCCAACGCAUAUCAGAAAAUCAAGAGCACUUGACAGAAAUAAAAUCUAACCUGAAUCAUGAAGAAGAACAAAAGAAGGAUUUGACUGACAGCAUCCAAGAGCUUAAAGAAGAGUUGAUGAAGAAAAAGGAAAUAAUAUCAUCUAAAACCAAAGCUGCUAAGGAGAGAGUGGAACGACUGUGCAAGUCUAAAGUAUUGUUUGAAGAGCGGCUUGGACUGGAGAUACGCAGAAUUCACAAUGAACAAUUACAGUUUAUAUUCAGACACAUUGACCACAAAGAUCCUGACAAGCCAUAUGUGUUUACCCUUUCCAUAAACGAACAGGGAGAUUAUGAAGUGACUUCCUGUACUCCUCCUCUGGACUGUAUAGCAGAGUUCCAGCUCAAAGUGAGAGAAACUAACAAUUUUUCUGCGUUUGUUGCAAACAUCAGAAAAGCUUUCACUGCUUUAUCUUAUAAACAGUCUGCAUAAAACUAGCUUACACCUCUUUCUGGCUGCAGAGCACUUUUUUUCUUUCCUUCCUGUGUUGUGAAAGUAUGUGUUAAUCCAUGCUUUACUCUAAUUUCUAAAUAAAGGAAAAUAAUGAAAACAA